AUGGGCCUCUCCAUAUCGUCUCUUUUCUCGCUGGUAGGAUGGAGGAAAGACCAGGACGUGCGCAUUCUCAUUUUGGGUCUGGAUUCCGCUGGGAAGACGACGAUUUUAUACCGACUGCAACUCGGUGAAGUUGUGUCGACCAUUCCAACAAUUGGGUUCAACGUCGAGACGGUCCAAUACAAGAAUAUCAAAUUUCAAGUGUGGGAUCUCGGUGGUCAAUCUAGCAUAAGACCGUAUUGGCGCUGCUAUUUCCCCAACACCUCUGCAAUCAUUUACGUGAUUGAUUCGUCUGAUCACGAUCGACUCUCGACGGCGCGAACCGAGCUGCUGACAAUGCUGUCGGAGGAGGAACUCAAGGGGGUGCCGCUGCUCGUGUUCUGCAAUAAGCAGGAUAUGGAGGGGGCGCUGAAGCCGGAGGAGAUAAGUGAGCAGCUGGGUCUUGCGGGUGGCGAAAAGUCGCGGCCAUGGAGUGUGCGGGGCAGUUGUGCGACCAAGGGCGAAGGCUUGGAGGACGGAUUGGACUGGCUGGUAAACGCGAUACAGAACAAAUGA